UGAAGGGGAGGGAGGGGAGAGAAGCGAGCAACAAAGGCUCUAGUGAUGGUACGGACCUCCAUUGCACUGCUGCUGCUGCUGCUUUUCCUGCCCCUCCUGCUGUUGCCCUUCCUGCUGCUGCAGAUGAGGGAGCAGUUGUUGCUGACGGUGACAGUGACAGCAGCAGUGUGUGGGAGGGGCUGAGCAGUAUGCAGCUGCAGGUGGGGACGGCAACACUGGCCAGCGCCUCCGGGUCCUCUCGUCCCGUCCAUCGGGUUCUAGCCUCGGGUGCUGGGGCGGUUGUGGCAGCACCAUCACAACCACCAACUUUGCCCGCAGAGUGCAGGGACGGCAGCGCUGAAACAGCAGUGGUGGUGACGACAUUCCUCUAUGACCAGGUUCCCAUCGUGGAUCGCUUGUUUCCUUAUGAGGUCAUUCUGACCAACACGUGUCAGCAGCGGGCCAUCUCUCGCCUGAGCAUCAACUUCUUUAGUUACAAUGGCAGAUUUCGCCCCUACUUCCUCAUGCCCCGCCUGCAGUUCAUUGGAUAUGGCAUAGCUAAUAAACACAGUAAAGAAAAUUAUCAGUUCAGGGUACUCCCUCCCCUGGGUGCACCUGAGGACUCGGUGAUAAUCCCUCCUGGUGCCACUUUCAACUUCAACACCACUAUGACGCUCGUGUUGUACUACAACAUCACUGUUAUUGCAGCCGCCUUCUCUCCUUAAUUCCUACCGCUACUCUGAGUCCGCCAUUGCUGCAGCUGGCUGGCGCGUUGCCGUUAUUAUUGCCGUCGGUUGCCCGUAUCCGACACUUGGGGGACUGGCAUGGUCCAGCCCAGUGGGUAGAGUCAGGACAGCAUGCUGCCAUAUUCUCUUCAAAGAUUUAUGGCAGAAAAUGUGUACCGUUUUCUCCCGGAUAUAGUACCCUAGGGAGCUAAUAAAAAUUCAUGAAAAAU